CUCAAGCCUGGUUAUCAAGAUGUGCAUAAAAUUUAUGAAGAGAUGCGAGACCGGCUUGCUCGACAGGCCUAUGCUUUGAGUGUUCCUGAAGUGGUAUGCGUCAAGGCAUACCUUGCAGUGAUGAUUCCACAGGCUAAAAAACCAACUCUAAUAUUUGAUAUAGUUGAGUCGAUCAGCAACAUCCCUUACCGCAUUGGUGCCAAUGACCUUAAAACUUCGGUGUACCUCACCCUACUUCCCAUGUUCAUCAAGUGGUCCAUGGGUCUUACUUUUACGUUUGAAGAGGCACAUUUGCGUCUUGUUAGUAGUUUCGAGGAGAUUCUUCCCCGUCCAUCUGGAGAAGACAUCAAUGCCAUAGCAUCCCACUUCCUCAAGACCAGGAACACGAAGCAGCAGUUCAACGCUGGAAAGGGGAUCAAACUUCACCUCAUUAUUCCUACACCUCACGCAACAGUGGCAAGUUCAUCUGACAUCCAACAUCUUUCAAGUCCUGCAUUUGUACUAUCUGCGGUGUCCCCAUCAAAAAAUUUGCAAAAUGGCGCCCAAUGUUCGCCUCACCCUGUCAAGCGCAAAUUAUCAUCGCCUCCUGUCCCAUCCACACCCCCUCGGAAGCCUCGGAUAUUGGAUGCUGCAGUAUCUCUGGAUGUUAGUGCACUUCGCCCGUGCCCAAAGUCUCGUCUCCUCGAGUUCCUCUUUCCUCCUUCAUCUCUAUACCAUCCCUUCUCCCUUCCUCGAUUCUCUUGUCCUUUCGCUACUCUUUUUUUCGAUCCACGAAGCAAACCGAAGUAUGGAGCAUUCAAAGCAGCACAAUUCGGCUUUCUAGACAAAGCUAUCCUUGGACCGUCUGGAUCUGAUUCAACUCGCAUCUGCUUAAAGCAGUGCUACUACCAGACCGACAAAUCCAAGCGGUUUCCUUAUCCCGAUUCUCGGCAACUACAGCUGCUGCAGCCAGAGAUUAGAUGCAGCAUAUGGGCAGGAGCACUCAUGGACCGGGUUCAGCAAUAUAUUGCCACAGAACUAGUGACUCGCAGCACACCUCCCUUCAAGAUUCCAAAUAUCCGCUUUGUGCAUAUUGCUCUUGCCACUAUCGAGGACGCUGGUGUUACCAAAACAUAUCUAAUUGAAGAGUUCAUUGACGAGUCCAUGCAAGGGAAAUUCACCAAGUAUAUAUCCAACGACUCACCUUCCCCACUGCCACACCUUGAUGCCAAAUCAAGUGAAAUUGCCCAGUACCUGUCAUUUGCACAACACGUCCAAUACAUCAAGACCAAGAAACUUGCUUACGUUGCAGAUUUUCAAGGCUCGAAUCUUUUAACUGAUCCUCAAAUUAUGACUUCUCCGUAA